ACCGGGGCCAAAACAUAGGACGGCGUUUGGGAAGCCGGAAAGGAAGGAUGCUAAUGUGUGCAUCAGUCUUGGAACUUUAAAAUCAGCAGAACCAGAUGGGGAAAUUGAGACCUAAGAAGGGUAAGUCCUUUACCCAAGAUCCCACUGAUGGGAUCCUCGGACUCCAGAUUCUAGUGCAAGGGCUCUUUCCCACUGUAUAUUACCAACUUCUUAUGACUGGUUUGCUACAGUAAAAUAUAGAAUUUAGGAGUUUUUAAAAACAGCUAGAAAUUACUUUAGAACUCCAUACCAGGGUUAUUGACCCGUAGUCUGUGAACUUAAAAAAAUUCUGAUAAUUAUGUUUUAAUAUAACCGUUUCCUUUUAAUCCUAUGUAUUUUGUGCAUUUAAAAACAUAAUUCUGAGAAGAGAUGCAUAGGCUUUACCAGACUGCCAAAGGGGUCCAGGAUCGGCCCCCCACUCCCCCAAAUUAAGAGCCCUUGCAUUUAGGCCAAUUCUCUUAUUUUACAGUUGGGAAAAUUGAGGUCUAGAAAGGCUUAGUGCCUUGUCUGAAGUCACAGAAUCAGUAAGGUGCCACGGUCGGGAAUCGUACUCAGAUCCCUUAGUGCUCUUUCUACUGUCACAACCACUACGAUGUUUCCUCUACAGUCUGGGGAAGACAGGGACACCUCCCCCGCCUAUCAACGUAGUAUAGCAUUAACCAUUCCCUGGUCUCAGGUGUCUGGGCCAGUCCGCUUGCAGAUGGUAGUCUAGAGUUUGAGGAAGUAGGGGAGGGAGGAGCUUGGGCUGGCAGCCAGGUCUCUUCCACUUCGUUCCGCCUCCGGAGAGUACGCCAGGGGUCUGACCUCCCCUUCCUCCUAAUUGGAAGUUCCCCGGUCUCAGUCCUGCCCGUCCACGUGGAAGCCACCCUUUCCUCUAGAGCUUGGCAGGCGGCCAGAGGAGUCCCUCUGUUGGCUGCUGCUCGGCUCCCCGAGACAUUCUCUCCGGGAUGUCGGAGUCGGACUCCGAACUGGAAUCGGAGUCUGUGUUCCCUCAAGAGGACGGGCUCUUCGCUGAUUCUUACACAGAAGAGACUCAGUUCCACUUCUGCGGUCACGUGCUGAGCAUCAAACAGAGCUUCGGGGCUCGGCUUGGGGUGGCUGCGCCUGUGUGGGAUGCGGCGCUGAGCCUAUGCAGUUACUUCGAGAGGAAAAACCUCGACUUCCGAGGCAAGAAGGUGAUUGAGCUGGGCGCGGGGACUGGCAUCGUGGGCAUUCUGGCAGCUCUGCAAGGGGGAGAUGUCACCAUCACUGACCUGCCCCUGGCCCUGGAGCAGAUUCAGGGAAAUGUUCAAGCUAAUGUGCCAGUUGGUGGCCGGGCACAGGUCCGUGCUUUGGCCUGGGGGCUAGACCAGGAUGUGUUUCCUGAAGACUAUGACUUGGUGUUAGGGGCUGAUAUUGUGUAUCUGGAGCCUACCUUUCCGCUGCUCCUGGGCACCCUGAGACAUCUGUGUGGACCAAACGGCACUAUCUAUCUGGCCUCCAAGAUGAGAGAAGAGCAUAGGACAGGGAGUUUCUUUCACGAUAUGUUACCGAAGCAUUUUCAGCUGGAGCUGGCCCAGCGGGAUGAGGAAGAGAACAUUAACAUAUAUAGGGCAACACACAGGGGAGGCUGAGAGGCUCUCUUGUGCCUCCACCUCCAGUUCUUCCUCACCUCUGACCAUACAGUGGGUCGGUCAUCUUCUUCUUGGUAUUGGGAAGAAGUGAAGAAUAUUAGCAAAUAGAGAAUCAUGCAUAAGGACCAAAUGGGGACUGAUUCCUGGUCUUGGGCAAGACAUUCUUUGCUUUCAUUUCCUUGCUUUCUUUGAUGUAUAUUUUCCCCAGUCCUACUAACUUUGCCAUUUCUUCUAGACUAAUACUGGGCAUCAUCUUAUUGGAAGCCCCUGACACCAUCCCUCAACAAAGCCCUGAUGGGAUGGCAGUAAGAAGGCUCUCAGUUCUUGUUCUUGGAGGUGGAGGCUGAGGGGAAAAUUGACCUGAAGCUUUUGGGAGAGGGAAAGUGAAGGAAUUUUCAUGGAAUGUUAUGGGUUGUCAGCAGACUAAUUGCCUCUGACUCUCUUCCACAGCAAGUAGGGACUUCCUUGCUUAUCUACUUGUAUUCCCAGAACUUAACACAGUGCUUUGCACAUAGUAACCAAUUAAUAAAUGCUCAUUUAUUCAUAUGCUUGCCUGGUGGUAGGCAUGUUCUCAA